GCCCGGCCCCUGACUUUUGAUGAGUGAGGGGUCAGCGCCCGGGGACGGGAUGGGCUUUGUUGCCGCCGGCCGGCCGGCUCCGCUGGUUCCCGGGGGCGGCGCGAGGCCGAGCUGCCCAAGGGCUCCCGUCCCCGGGGCGGGCGCGCGCGCAUGGGCCUGGCCUGCCCUGCCCGGAGGCCUGUGCCCGGAGCGCGGCCCGAGCGCCGGGGCCUGGCGCGCCCACGUGUGCGCGCGUGUGUGCGUGUGCGCGUGUGCGUGUGUGUGUGUGUGCCUGUGUGCGUGUGUGCGUGUCCCCGUGUCCCCGCGGGCGCGGCUGCCGCCCAGCACCCGGCCUGCGCCCGGCACGACUGUAGAUGUCAGGCUUUGCCCGGGGAGCCGAGCGGCGGCGGCGGCGGCGGCGGCGGCGGGGGUUGUGAGUUUCAAAUUAACCUUCCGCUUUGUUGCUGUGUAAUGUGGAUCCCCAAAGGCCCCCCGCCCCGCCCGCCCCCCUUCCCCGGGCGGUGCGCGCCGCAAACUGCGAGUUGAGCUUCAUUUACAUAAAGCGAUUCCGGGCGGGCGGGCGGGCGGGGAGGGCGCGAGGCUGCAGGCGGGCAGCGGCCAGGCCGGGACGGAGCCCGAGCAGCGCCGCGCGCGCCACCAUGCGCCCCCCGCUCCCGCCCCCGGCCCCCGCGGCCGCUGGGGCGCUCGCCGCCGGGGGUGGCCAGGUCCGCGGCUCGGCGGCCGCCGGAAUUCCCCAGUGUCGCGCGCGCCGCGGCCCCCGGACCUGCGAGUGCCUCCUCCCUCCGGAGGUGUGCGGAGGCUUUGUGUGCCAGGUCCAAUCCGUACUGGGUGCAAUGAGAGCUCCACGCGGGCCUCGCCAUGGAAGGCUGUGACUCGCCCGUCGUCUCGGGGAAGGACAAUGGGUGCGGGCUCCCUCAGCACCAGCAAUGGACUGAACUCAACAGCACCCACCUCCCCGACCAGCCCGGUAGCAUGGAGCCGCCCGCCAGCGAGAGCCACGGGCCCCUGGACGGCCUGAGGCCCCCCUUCAAUGAACGUCUGGCGGAGAGCCCCACCCCGCCCGGGGCCCCCACGGCCACCGCUGCCGCCGCCGCCGCAGCCCCCGAGCCGCUGCCGGCGGCCGCCCCCGAGGUCAGCUGCAAUGAGUGCGCGGCCUCCUUCGCCAGCCUGCAGAGCUACAUGGAGCACCACUGCCCCAGCGCGCGCCCCCCGCGGCCCCUGCUCCAGGACAGCGCGAGCGACAGCAGCGAGGAGGGCGACGAGGAGAGCGACGUGGAGAACCUGGCUGGGGAGAUCGUCUACCAGCCGGACGGCUCUGCCUACAUCGUCGAGAGCCUGGGCCAGCUGGCCCAGAGCGGGGGGCCCGGCGGCGGGGGCGGCCCCGGGGGCGGCAGCGGGGCCCUCCCUUCGCUCUUCCUGAACUCCCUGUCGGGGGCCGCCGGGGACCCCACGUGCGCGGCGGCGGCAGGGGGGGCGGCGCCCUCCUACCCCCAGAUCAUCAAUACGUUCCACAUAGCCUCAUCCUUCGGGAAAUGGUUUGAGGGCCCAGACCAGGCGUUCCCGAAUACCUCAGCCCUGGCGGGGCUCAGCCCCGUCCUGCACAGUUUCCGCGUCUUCGACGUGCGUCACAAAAGCCACCAGGAUUACCUGAACAGCGACGGCUCCGCCAAGAGCUCCUGCGUAUCCAAAGAUGUCCCCGACAAUGUGGACCUGUCCAAGUUCGACGGCUUCGUGCUGUACGGCAAGCGGAAGCCCAUCCUCAUGUGCUUCCUGUGCAAGCUCUCCUUCGGCUACGUGCGCUCCUUCGUCACCCACGCCGUGCACGACCACCGCAUGACGCUGAGCGAGGACGAGCGCAAGAUCCUGGGCCACAAGAACAUCUCCGCCAUCAUCCAGGGCAUCGGCAAGGACAAGGAGCCCCUCGUCAGCUUCCUGGAACCAAAAAGCAAAAACUUUCCUCACUCUCUCGUCCCCACCGCUAACCUCAUGGGCCCCGGACACAGUUUCUACGGGAAGUUCAGCGGCAUUCGGAUGGAGGGGGAGGAGGCGCUCCCCGCCGGCCCCCCCACCGCCGCGGCCAGCGCCUCCGCCAGCGCCGGCCCCGAGCAGCCCCAGCCCGGCCUCCUGACUCCCAGCACCCUCCUGAACCUGGGCGGGCUCACCAGCUCGGUCCUGAAGACCCCCAUUACCUCAGUCCCUCUGGGGCCCCUGGCCUCCAGCCCUACCAAAUCCUCAGAGGGCAAGGACUCGGGGGCGGCCGACGGCGAGAAGCAAGAUGGGGCCGAUCCUGACGGCUUCUCGGAGAAGGCAGAGCCCGCCGAGGAGGAGGUGGAGGAGGAGGAGGAGGAGGAGGAGGACGAGGAGGUGGAGGAGGAGGAGGAGAUGGAGGAGGAGGAGGAAGAGGAGGAGGAGGAGGACGAGGGUUGCAAAGGACUCUUUGCCAGCGAGUUGCAGGGCGAGCUGGACGACAGGCCCCCCGGGGAGUCGGGGGCCGCGGCGGCAGGUAGUGGCAGCAAAAAGGACCUUGCUCUCUCAAACCAAAGCAUUUCUCACUCCCCCUUAAUGCCUAACGUGCUCCAGACCCUGUCAAGGGGCACGGCUUCUACUAGUUCUAAUUCCGCUUCUUCCUUUGUUGUCUUCGAUGGUGCGAACAGGAGGAAUCGUUUAAGCUUUAACAGUGAGGGCCUCAGGCCCGGGGUGGCAGAGGGCGGCCGGAGGCUGGACUUCGCCGACGAAAGUGCCAAUAAGGACAGUGCCGCAGCGCCGGAACCAAAUGAAAGCACAGAGGGCGACGACGGGGGCUUCGUGCCCCACCCCCCGCACGCCGGCUCCCUGUGCGAGCUGGGGGUGGGGGGCGAGUGCCCGGCGGGCAGUGGCGUCGAGUGCCCCAAGUGCGACACGGUCCUGGGCUCGUCGCGCUCGCUGGGCGGCCACAUGACCAUGAUGCACUCCCGCAACUCGUGCAAGACCCUCAAGUGCCCCAAGUGCAACUGGCACUACAAGUACCAGCAGACGCUGGAGGCGCACAUGAAGGAGAAGCACCCGGAGCCCGGCGGCUCCUGCGUCUACUGCAAGAGCGGGCAGCCGCACCCGCGGCUGGCGCGGGGCGAGAGCUACACGUGUGGUUACAAGCCUUUCCGCUGCGAGGUGUGUAACUACUCCACGACGACCAAAGGCAACCUGAGCAUCCACAUGCAGUCCGACAAGCACCUCAACAACAUGCAGAACCUGCAGAACGGCGGCGGCGAGCAGGUCUUCAGCCACUCGGCGGCCGGGGCGGCGGCGGCGGCUGCGGCCGCGGCAGCCGCUGCUGCCAACAUGGGCAGCUCCUGCAGCGCCCCCUCGCCCACCAAACCCAAAACCAAACCCACGUGGCGCUGCGAGGUGUGCGACUACGAGACCAACGUGGCCCGCAACCUGCGCAUCCACAUGACGAGCGAGAAGCACAUGCACAACAUGAUGCUGCUGCAGCAGAACAUGAGCCAGAUGCAGCACGGCCGCCACCUGGGCCUGGGCAGCCUGCCCGCGCCCGCCGAGGCCGAGCUCUACCAGUACUACCUGGCCCAGAACAUGAGCCUGCCCAACCUGAAGAUGGACAGCGCCACCUCCGAUGCCCCGUUCGUGAUGAGCGGCUUCCAGCUGGACCCCGCCGGGCCCAUGGCCGCCAUGACGCCCGCUCUAGUGGGCGGUGAGAUCCCCCUGGACAUGCGGCUCGGGGGCGGCCAGCUGGUGUCCGAGGAGCUGAUGAACCUGGGCGAGAGCUUCAUCCAGACCAACGACCCGUCGCUGAAGCUCUUCCAGUGCGCCGUGUGCAACCGCUUCACCACGGACAACCUGGACCUGCUGGGGCUGCACAUGAGCGCGGAGCGCGGGCUGCCCGAGGACGAGUGGAAGGCCGUGCUGGGGGACUCGUACCAGUGCAAGCUGUGCCGCUACAACACCCAGCUCAAGGCCAACUUCCAGCUGCACUGCAAGACCGACAAGCACGUGCAGAAGUUCCAGCUGGUGGCCCACAUCAAGGAGGGCGGCAAGGCCAACGAGUGGCGGCUCAAGUGCGUGGCCAUCGGCAACCCCGUGCACCUCAAGUGCAACGCCUGUGACUACUACACCAACAGCCUGGAGAAGCUGCGGCUGCACACGGUCAACUCCAGGCACGAGGCCAGCCUGAAGCUGUACAAGCACCUGCAGCAGCACGAGAGCGGCGUGGAGGGCGAGAGCUGCUACUACCACUGUGUCCUGUGCAACUACUCCACCAAGGCCAAGCUCAACCUCAUCCAGCACGUGCGCUCCAUGAAGCACCAGCGCAGCGAGAGCCUGCGCAAGCUGCAGCGGCUGCAGAAGGGCCUGCCCGAGGAGGACGAGGACCUGGGGCAGAUCUUCACCAUCCGCAGGUGCCCCUCCAUGGACCCAGAGGAAGCCAUUGAAGAUGUCGAAGGGCCCAGUGAGACGGCAGCUGACCCAGAGGAGCCCGCAAAGGACCAAGAGAGCGGGAGCGAGAAGGACCAGAGCAAGUGGACAGCCUCGUCCAGCCAAGCCGAGAAGGAGCUGACAGAUUCUCCAGCCGCCUCCAAGCGCAUCUCCUUCCCAGGUAGCUCGGAGUCUCCUCUCUCCUCCAAGAGACCAAAAACAUCCGAGGAGACCAAAGCAGAACAGAUGUACCAGUGUCCCUACUGCAAGUACAGCAACGCCGACGUCAACCGGCUCCGGGUGCAUGCCAUGACGCAGCACUCGGUGCAGCCCACGCUCCGCUGCCCCCUGUGCCAGGACAUGCUCAACAACAAGAUCCACCUCCAGCUGCACCUCACCCACCUCCACAGCGUGGCACCCGACUGCGUGGAGAAGCUCAUUAUGACGGUGACCACCCCGGAAAUGGUGAUGCCCAGCAGCAUGUUCCUCCCUGUUGCCGGUCCAGACCGAGACGGGAAUGCCAGUGUGGAGGAGGCGGGAAAACAGCCCGAGGCCUCAGAGGACCUGGCCAAGAACAUCUUACCAUCGGCGAGCACCGAGCACGCUGGGGAUUUGAAACCUUCUGCUGCGGAGUCAGGCGCUGUGAGAGAGGACGCGGGCUUCCUCUGCUGGAAGAAGGGGUGCAACCAGGUCUUCAAAACCUCCGCUGCUCUUCAGACGCACUUCAACGAGGUGCACGCCAAGAGACCUCAGCUGCCCGUGUCCGACCGCCACGUGUACAAGUACCGCUGUAACCAGUGCAGCCUGGCCUUCAAGACCAUCGAGAAGCUGCAGCUCCACUCUCAGUACCACGUGAUCCGAGCCGCCACCAUGUGCUGUCUCUGCCAGCGCAGUUUCCGAACUUUCCAGGCUCUGAAAAAACACCUCGAGACGAGCCACCUGGAGCUGAGCGAGGCCGACAUUCAGCAGCUUUACGGCGGCCUGCUGGCCAACGGGGAUCUCCUGGCCAUGGGAGACCCCACCCUGGCGGAGGACCACACCAUAAUUGUUGAGGAAGACAAGGAGGAAGAGAGUGACUUGGAGGACAAGCAGAGCCCAACGGGUAGCGACGCUGGGUCGGUGCAGGAAGACUCGGGCUCAGAGCCAAAGAGAGCUUUACCUUUCAGAAAAGGCCCCAACUUUACCAUGGAAAAAUUCCUAGACCCUUCUCGUCCUUACAAGUGUACCGUCUGCAAAGAAUCUUUCACUCAGAAGAACAUCCUUCUCGUGCACUACAACUCCGUCUCCCACUUGCAUAAGCUGAAGAGAGCCCUUCAGGAGUCGGCCACUGGUCAGCCGGAACCCACCAGCAGCCCCGACAACAAGCCUUUUAAGUGUAACACUUGCAACGUGGCCUACAGCCAGAGCUCCACUCUGGAGAUUCACAUGAGGUCGGUGCUGCACCAAACCAAAGCCCGGGCGGCCAAGCUGGAGGCUGCGAGUGGCAGCAGCAACGGCACCGGGAACAGCGGCAGCAUCUCCCUGAGCUCCUCCACGCCCAGCCCCGUGAGCACCAGUGGCGGCAACACCUUCACCACCGCCAAUCCCAGCAGCGCCGGCCUGGCUGCCAGCUCCGGCUUACUGAGCCAGGCGCCCACGGAAACCGGGGGGAUGCCGGCCCUGGGGAAUCCCCUCGGCGCCAACAUCUCUUCCCCUUCGGAGCCUAAGGAGGCCAACCGGAAGAAGCUGGCGGAUAUGAUUGCAUCCCGGCAGCAGCAGCAGCAGCAACAGCAGCAGCAGCAGCAGCAGCAACAGCAGCAGCAGCAGCAGCAGCAGGCGCAGACGCUGGCCCAGGCGCAGGCUCAGGUCCAGGCGCACCUGCAGCAGGAGCUGCAGCAGCAGGCCGCCCUGAUCCAGUCCCAGCUCUUCAACCCCACGCUCCUCCCCCACUUCCCCAUGACCACGGAGACGCUGCUGCAGCUGCAGCAGCAGCAGCACCUCCUGUUCCCCUUCUACAUCCCCAGCGCCGAGUUCCAGCUGAACCCCGAGGUGAGCCUGCCCGUGACCAGCGGCGCCCUGACGCUGACCGGGACGGGCCCGGGCCUGCUGGAGGACCUGAAGGCGCAGGUGCAGCUCCCGCAGCAGAGCCACCCGCAGCUCCUGCAGCAGCAGCCGCCGCCGCAGCAGAGCCAGCUGCCACUGCCCCAGGCCCACGCUGCCCUCCUGCAGCCCAGCCCGCACUCCGAGAAGAAGAACAAGCUGGUCAUCAAAGACAAGGACAAGGAGGGCCCGAGAGAGAGGGACGGCGCCGACGGCGGGGAAGGCGGCGCGGGGCCGAAAGAGCCACUGCCGGAUGCCGUGAAGGGCAAAGAGAAGAAGGAGCUGGCGGCGGGGACGGGCUCGGAGGCCGCCAUGCUCCCUCCGCGCAUUGCCUCGGACGCCAGGGGCAAUGCCACCAAGGCCUUGCUGGAGAACUUUGGCUUCGAGCUGGUCAUCCAGUACAACGAGAACAAGCAGAAGGUCCAGAAGAAGAACGGGAAGACGGAGCAGGGGGAGAGUCUGGAAAAGCUCGAGUGCGACUCCUGUGGCAAGCUGUUCUCCAACAUCCUGAUUCUGAAGAGUCACCAGGAGCACGUGCACCAGAACUACUUUCCCUUCAAGCAGCUGGAGAGGUUCGCCAAACAGUACCGGGAACACUAUGACAAACUGUACCCCCUGAGGCCCCAGACCCCGGAGCCGCCGCCGCCGCCUCCCCCGCCGCCCCCUCCCCCCCCACUGCCCACAGCGCCCCCGCAGCCAGCUUCCACGCCAGCCGUGCCCGCCUCGGCGCCCCCAAUCACCUCGCCCACCAUCGCACCCGCCCAGCCCUCCGUCCCGCUCACCCAGCUCUCCAUGCCCAUGGAGCUGCCCAUCUUCUCGCCGCUGAUGAUGCAGACGAUGCCACUGCAGACGCUGCCCGCUCAGCUGCCCCCUCAGCUGGGGCCCAUGGAGCCUCUGCCCGCGGACCUGGCGCAGCUGUACCAGCAUCAGCUCAACCCCAGCCUGCUCCAGCAGCAGAACAAGAGGCCACGCACCAGGAUCACGGAUGACCAGCUCCGCGUCCUGCGGCAGUAUUUUGACAUCAACAACUCCCCCAGCGAAGAGCAGAUCAAAGAGAUGGCGGACAAGUCCGGCCUGCCCCAGAAGGUCAUCAAGCACUGGUUCCGAAACACCCUCUUCAAGGAGCGGCAGCGCAACAAGGACUCCCCGUACAACUUCAGCAACCCUCCCAUCACCAGCCUGGAGGAGCUCAAGAUCGACUCCCGGCCGCCCUCGCCCGAGCCCCAGAAGCAGGAGUACUGGGGCAGCAAGAGAUCGUCGAGGACCAGGUUCACCGACUACCAGCUGAGGGUGCUUCAGGACUUCUUUGACGCCAACGCGUACCCCAAGGAUGACGAAUUUGAGCAACUCUCUAAUCUUCUGAACCUGCCGACCCGCGUCAUCGUGGUGUGGUUUCAGAAUGCCCGGCAGAAGGCCAGGAAAAAUUACGAGAACCAGGGAGAGGGCAAAGAUGGGGAGCGGCGUGAGCUCACGAACGACCGGUACAUCCGAACGAGCAACCUGAACUACCAGUGUAAGAAAUGCAGCCUGGUCUUCCAGCGCAUCUUCGACCUCAUCAAGCACCAGAAGAAGCUCUGUUACAAGGACGAGGACGAGGAGGGGCAGGACGACAGCCAGAACGAGGACUCCAUGGACGCCCUGGAAAUGCUGACGCCCACCAGCUCCUCCUGUAGCACUCCCAUGCCUUCACAGGCUUACAGCGCCCCGGCACCCUCAGCCAACACCGCUUCUUCCGCCUUCUUGCAGCUCACGGCGGAAGCCGAGGAACUGGCCGUCUUCAGUGCGAAAUCCGAGGCGAGCGACGAGAAACCAAAGCAGGCUGACCCUCCCGGUGCACAGCCAACCCAAACCCAAGAAAAGCAAGGCCAACCAAAGGCAGAGCUGGCGCAGCAAGACCAGCCUGAGCAGAAGGCAAACGCGGCUCAGCAGAAGCUCCCCCAGCUGACGUCCCCGCCCUCCCUACCGCAGCCGCCUCCACAGGCCCCGCCGCCUCAGUGCCCCCUGCCCCAGUCGAGCCCCAGCCCAUCCCAGCUCUCCCACCUCCCCCUCAAGCCCCUCCACACGUCAACGCCUCAGCAGUUGGCCAACCUACCUCCUCAGCUAAUCCCCUACCAGUGUGACCAGUGCAAGCUGGCCUUCCCGUCGUUCGAGCACUGGCAGGAGCAUCAGCAGCUUCACUUCCUGAGUGCGCAGAACCAGUUCAUCCACCCUCAGUUCCUGGACAGGUCCCUGGAUAUGCCUUUCAUGCUCUUUGACCCGAGUAACCCGCUGCUGGCUAGCCAGCUGCUCUCUGGGGCCAUACCUCAGAUCCCAGCCAGCUCGGCCACCUCUCCUUCCACGCCCACCUCCACGAUGAACACUCUGAAGAGGAAGCUGGAGGAGAAGGCCAGUGCCAGCCCGGGCGAGAACGACAGCAGCACGGGAGGCGAGGAACCUCAGCGAGACAAGCGCCUGAGGACGACGAUCACACCGGAGCAGCUGGAGAUUCUCUACCAGAAGUAUCUGCUGGACUCCAACCCGACCCGGAAGAUGCUGGACCACAUUGCGCACGAGGUGGGCUUGAAGAAACGCGUGGUGCAGGUCUGGUUUCAGAACACACGAGCCCGGGAACGGAAAGGGCAGUUCCGGGCCGUGGGCCCCGCCCAGGCCCACAGGAGAUGCCCCUUCUGCCGCGCGCUCUUCAAAGCCAAGACCGCCCUGGAGGCUCAUAUCCGGUCCCGGCACUGGCACGAAGCCAAGAGAGCUGGCUACAACCUCACGCUGUCUGCAAUGCUCCUGGACUGUGACGGGGGACUCCAGAUGAAAGGGGACAUUUUUGAUGGAACUGGCUUUUCCCACCUCCCCCCAAGCAGUAGUGACGGUCAAGGUGUGCCCCUGUCGCCUGUGAGUAAGACCAUGGAGUUGUCCCCCAGAACUCUCCUGAGCCCUUCUUCUAUCAAAGUGGAAGGAAUCGAAGACUUUGAAAGCCCCUCGAUGUCCUCGGUUAAUCUCAACUUUGACCAAACCAAGCUGGACAAUGACGACUGUUCCUCUGUCAACACGGCAAUCACAGACACCACCACAGGAGACGAGGGCAAUGCAGAUAACGACAGUGCAACAGGAAUAGCGACGGAAACCAAAUCCUCUUCUGGGCCCAAUGAAGGCCUGACCAAAGCGGCCAUGAUGGCAAUGUCUGAGUACGAAGAUCGGCUGUCUUCCGGUCUGGUCAGCCCGGCCCCGAGCUUCUAUAGCAAGGAAUAUGACAAUGAAGGUACAGUGGACUACAGUGAAACCUCGAGCCUGGCAGACCCCUGCUCCCCGAGUCCUGGGGCGAGUGGGUCGGCGGGCAAAUCUGGAGACAGUGGGGAUCGGCCUGGGCAGAAACGUUUUCGCACUCAAAUGACCAAUCUGCAGCUAAAGGUCCUCAAGUCAUGCUUCAAUGACUACAGGACACCCACCAUGCUAGAGUGUGAGGUCCUGGGCAAUGACAUUGGACUGCCAAAGAGAGUCGUUCAGGUCUGGUUCCAGAAUGCCCGGGCAAAGGAAAAGAAGUCCAAGCUAAGCAUGGCCAAGCAUUUUGGUAUAAACCAAACAAGUUACGAGGGACCCAAAACAGAGUGCACUUUGUGUGGCAUCAAGUACAGCGCGCGGCUGUCUGUACGUGACCAUAUCUUUUCCCAACAGCAUAUCUCCAAAGUUAAAGACACCAUUGGAAGCCAGUUGGACAAGGAAAAAGAGUACUUUGACCCAGCCACUGUACGCCAAUUGAUGGCUCAGCAAGAGUUGGACCGGAUUAAAAAGGCCAAUGAGGUCCUCGGACUGGCAGCUCAGCAGCAAGGGAUGUUUGACAACGCCCCCCUUCAGGCUCUUAACCUUCCCACCGCAUACCCAGCGCUCCAGGGCAUUCCUCCCGUGUUGCUCCCUGGCCUCAACAGCCCCUCCUUGCCGGGUUUUACUCCAUCCAACACAGCUUUAACGUCUCCCAAACCGAACUUGAUGGGUCUGCCCAGCACAACAGUUCCUUCCCCUGGCCUCCCCACAUCUGGAUUACCAAAUAAACCGUCCUCAGCAGCGCUGAGCUCCCCCACCCCAGCACAAGCCACCAUGGCGAUGGCCCCGCAGCAGCCCCCCUCAGCCCAGCCGCCGCCGCCCGCAGCCCAGCCGCCGCCCACGCCGCAGCUCCCGCCGCAGCAGCAGCAGCAGCCGCCGCCACGGAAGGACAAAGACGGCGAGAAGGUAAAGGAAAAGGCACACAAAGGGAAAGGGGAGCCCCUGCCUCUCCCCAAGAAGGAGAAAGGGGAGGCCCCCCCGGCCGCCGCAGCCACGCUCUCCGCCCCGCUGCCCGCCAUGGAGUACGCGGUGGACCCGGCGCAGCUGCAGGCCCUGCAGGCCGCCUUGACCUCGGACCCCACCGCCUUGCUGACGAGCCAGUUCCUUCCUUACUUUGUACCCGGCUUCUCUCCUUACUACGCCCCCCAGAUCCCCGGCGCCCUGCAGAGCGGGUACCUGCAGCCCAUGUACGGCAUGGAAGGCCUGUUCCCCUACAGCCCCGCGCUGUCGCAGGCCCUGAUGGGGCUGUCCCCCGGCUCGCUCCUGCAGCAGUACCAGCAAUACCAGCAGAGCCUGCAGGAGGCCAUCCAGCAGCAGCAGCAGCGGCAACUGCAGCAGCAGCAGCAGCAGCAGCAGCAGCAGCAGCAGCCGCCGCAGCCGCAGCCGCAGCCGCAGCCCAAAGCGCAGCCGCCGCCGCCGCAGCCCAAAGCAAGCCAAACCCCAGUCCCCCCGGGGGCUGCUUCCCCAGACAAAGACCCUGCCAAAGAAUCCCCCAAACCAGAAGAGCAGAAAAACGCACCCCGCGAGGUGUCCCCCCUCCUGCCGAAACCCCCCGAAGAGCCAGAAGCGGAGAGCAAAAGUGCGGACUCCCUCUACGACCCCUUCAUUGUUCCAAAGGUGCAGUACAAGUUGGUCUGCCGCAAGUGCCAGGCGGGCUUCGGGGACGAGGAGGCGGCCAGGAGCCACCUGAAGUCCCUCUGCUUCUUCGGCCAGUCUGUGGUGAACCUGCAAGAGAUGGUGCUUCAUGUCCCCACGGGCGGUGGCGGCGGCGGCGGUGGCGGCGGCGGCGGCAGCAGUGGCAGCGGCAGCGGCAGCGGCGGGAGCGGCGGGAACGGCGGCGGCGGCGGCGGCGCAGCGAACGGCGGCGGCGGCGCGAACGGCGGCGGCGGCGGCUCGUACCACUGCCUGGCGUGCGAGAGCGCGCUGUGUGGGGAGGAAGCUCUGAGUCAACAUCUCGAGUCGGCCUUGCACAAACACAGAACAAUCACGAGAGCAGCAAGAAACGCCAAAGAGCACCCUAGUUUAUUACCUCACUCUGCCUGCUUCCCCGACCCUAGCACCGCAUCUACCUCGCAGUCUGCCGCGCACUCAAACGACAGCCCCCCUCCCCCGCCGGCCGCCGCCCCCGCCGCGCCCCCCACCGCCCCCCACGCGCCCCGGAAGCCCUGGCCGCCCGCGGGCCCGCGCGCGCCGGCCGCCAAGCCCCCGGCUUCUUCUUUCCCUCCUCUCUCCUCAUCUUCAACGGUUACCUCAAGUUCAUGCAGCACCUCAGGGGUUCAGCCCUCGAUGCCAACAGACGACUAUUCGGAGGAGUCUGACACGGAUCUCAGCCAAAAGUCCGACGGACCCGCGAGCCCGGUGGAGGGUCCCAAAGACCCCAGCUGCCCCAAGGACAGUGGUCUGACCAGUGUAGGAACGGACACCUUCAGAUUGUAAGCUUUGAAGAUGAACAAUACAAAUGAAAUUUAAAUAAUAAAAAAAAAAUAACAAACCAAUUUCAAAAAUAGACUAACUGCAAUUCCAAAGCUUCUAACCAAAAAAAAAAAAAAAAAAAGGAAAAAAAAGGAAAAAAAAAAGAAAAAAGCGUGGGUUGUUUUCCCAUAUA